AUGAUCAUAACUCUUAUUUGUGGAAAAGGCAAAAGAAAGGCGCAAGAAAUCUCGAAAGCUGAUCAAUAUGAUGAACCUGAAACUAUCGAAAUAGACGAUGAUGAAUAUCCUGAAGAAGAAUAUAUAAACCGUUUUGAAGAAAAUAUGGAAAGCAUAGUCGAAAGCUCUGAUAAAGGCGGGUCUAAUGAUUUAUAUAGGUCUGAUGAUUUAUAUGAGUCUGAUAAUUUGUGUGAGCCUAAUGAUUUGUAUGAGUCUGAUGAUUUAGAAUAA